AUGGUGAUCAAGUACAAAACCCAUCUCCUUCUCUUCCACUUGCUUUUAACCUGUGCCGCAGCGGCACCAGAUCCAAACCCACCUCUCCGACAAUCCUCAAAAUGGAUCGUCCGCCACCACACCCACGACUCCGACCCGCCGCCGUCACCAUCCUACACGUUGAAAUUCGAGAACCCCCGGCUGGAAACAGCCUACUUCGCCCUCCAAACCUGGAAACAAACCAUCCUAUCCGACCCGUACAACCGAACCGCCAACUGGGUCGGACCGGACGUGUGCAACUACACCGGCAUCUUCUGCUUCCCGGCCCCGGACAACACCUCGAUCCAAACCGUCGCCGGGAUCGACCUCAACCACGCCGACAUCGCGGGCCAGCUCGUUGACGAGUUGGGCCUCCUCGCCGACCUGGCCCUUAUCCACCUCAACACCAACCGGUUCUGCGGCACGGUGCCCCAGACGUUCAAAAAAAUGAAGCUCCUCUACGAGCUCGACCUCAGCAACAACCGGUUCGCCGGGCGGUUCCCCUCCGCGGUCCUCAACAUCCCCGGGCUGAAGUACCUCGACAUCCGGUACAACGAGUUCGAGGGAAGGAUCCCCUCGAGGCUUUUCGACAAGCACCUGGACGCCAUUUUCUUGAACCACAACCGCUUCCAGUCCCAGCUGCCGCCCAACAUCGGGAGCUCCCCCGCGUCAGCGAUGGUGCUCGCCGGGAAUAAUUUCCGGGGCUGCCUGCCACCCAGCUUCAAAAACAUGUCGGCCACGCUGCGGGAGCUGAUCCUCAUGGACAACGGGAUAGAGGCCUGUUUGCCGGCGGAGAUCGGGAUGAUGACCAACCUCACGGUUUUCGACGCCAGUAACAACAGGUUUGUGGGGCCCAUACCGGACUCGUUUGCUGAGCUGGAGAAUCUGGAGGUUUUGAAUCUGGACCACAACUUCCUGUCCGGGGAGAUCCCCGAGGCGAUCUGCUCGCUACCGAAGCUGUGGAAUUUUACGGCGUCGAAUAAUUUCUUCGACGGGGAGGCGCCAGAGUGUUCGGGGGUGGAGGCGUUUCGCGACGGCCGGAACUGUCUGCGGGGAGGGAGGAGGAACCAGCGGACGAGGUGGCAGUGUGAGAUGUUCAAGUCUAGGCGGGGGAAGGUUAGGUGUGAGGAUUUCAAGUGUUUUGAGACGAAGCCGUGUCAGGUUCCGCCGCCUCCACCGCCGCCGCCGGUUCCUUGCCAGAACUCAACCGCGGAGGGCCCGGUUGAUCAUGAUGUUGGUGGUGAUGGUAAUUAUCAAAUUCAAUCUCCGCCGCGGAGGAUGUUGUCGCGACCACCGGUGAAGGAGUCGAAGCCGGCGCGAAGGGUUACGGUGGAAGAUGCAAGGCCAGCUUCAUUAGUAUGAUUGAUUGAUUGAUUAAUUAGAGAUUUGUGAUUUGUUGGAUAUGAUAUUUUAUUGUUUCUUGUUAUUAAUUGGUUAAUUUGUUGCUAAUUUCUCACUAGAAGAGUUUAUGUUGGAGAAGUUUAUGUGGAGC